AUUCUCGUUGAACUCUCGCAUUCCAUUGCAAUGGCGUCGAUGUGAUAUUGAAAUGCCGAUGUACAUAUGAAAUAUUGAAUAACUGUCGUGUCCGUUAGUAAACAGCUUGAAAAAAUGUUUGUUUACUUGAGCAAAAAGAUUGCGAUUCCAAACAAUACAAAACUGCGGUAUGUGUCGUGGAACAGAGAGCAGGGCUACAUCGCGUGUGGGGGAGAGGAGGGCCUACUUAAGGUGCUCAGACUGGAGACUCAGACAGGGAAAGAUGUUAAAGUCAAAGGACUAGCAGCUCCAAGUAACCUGUCCAUGAAUCAGACCCUGGAAGGUCACAGUGGGGCAGUGCAAGUUGUGACUUGGAAUGAACAUUACCAAAAACUGACCACUAGUGACCAAUAUGGACUCAUCAUUGUGUGGAUGCUGUACAAAGGUUCUUGGUAUGAAGAAAUGAUUAACAACAGAAACAAAUCUGUGGUCCGAAGUAUGGGUUGGAAUGCAGAUGGACAGAAAAUCUGUAUUGUGUAUGAAGAUGGCUGCGUUAUUGUGGGAUCAGUGGAUGGCAAUAGAAUAUGGGGGAAGGAACUGCGAGGUCAUCAACUGGCUCACGUUGUGUGGUCUCCUGAUGGAAAGGUCAUUUUAUUUGGAAUGACUAAUGGUGAAGUUCACACAUAUGAUAACAUGGGAAAUUUUAUUUCCAAGUUGAGUAUUUACUGCCUAUCUGGAGUGAGUGGGGCCAUUCACAUAGCUGGUAUUGCCUGGUACAAUGGCCUUAAUGGCUAUUUAGAGCCCAACUGUCCGAGUCUAGCCAUUUGUUUUGAAUCUGGUCGUUGUCAGAUCAUGAAGAAUGAAAUUGAUGAAAAUCCCAUUCUUAUUGACACUGGGAUGAUGGUGGCCCAGAUUCAAUGGAACCACUGUGGGUCAGUUCUGGCAGUGGCUGGGUCACAGAGAGCAUUAGGUCAAGAAAAAGAGGUCAAUGUUGUUCAGUUUUACAAUCCUUUUGGAGAGCACCUGAGGACUCUGAAGGUGCCGGGAAAACAGAUGUACAGCUGUUCCUGGGAGGGAGGAAGUCUGAGGAUUGCUCUCGCUGUGGACAGCUUCAUCUACUUCGCAAAUAUCAGGCCUGAUUACAAGUGGGGCUUCUGUUCCAACACUGUAGUAUACUCAUUCACAAAGCCAGAAAGAGUGGAACAUUGUGUGAUUUUCUGGGACACCAAAAAUGGAGAAAAAUAUGUCAAGUAUGUGAGGAACCUCAUUGCCAUAACAGCAUGUGGUGAUUACUGUUGCUUAGCAACAAAAGCAGAUGAAACUACUGGACAGUUUGUGUUGGUCCUAUGCAACUCAAUCGGAACACCACUGGACUCAAAAUAUGUAGAAAUUGACCCAAUUUAUCUCACGAUGACAAAAACUCAUAUUGUGUGUGCCUCCAAGGAGGCCCUUUACACAUGGCAGUUUAAGAACCCCAAAAAAUUAGCUAGCCUGGAUAUGCCUGGACGUCGGCGCACUGGGACUGAAAGACUGUAUCACAUUGACGAUCAGCCAACGGGAGCCACUGCCACCGAGGAAGUAGACUUCAAUAAAGCAUUCAGUAGGUUUCACCUCCGGAACAAGGGAACUGAGGAUCCGGUGUGUUCAAUUUGUGCCUCAGACAAAGUUUUGAUUGUGGGGAGAGAAUCUGGAACCAUCAACAGAUACUCCAUGCCAAUGUUAUCACUGACACACAAGUACGCCAUCGGGUGUCGUCCCCACCAGUUGUCCCUUAACUGUACCUCCAGUCGGUUGGCCAUUAUUGACAUCAGUGGGGUCCUGACCUUUUUCGACCUUGACACAAAAAUCACGGAUCAAGAUGGCAAAGAGAUUGUAGGAGAACAGCUGAAGUUUGAGAGGAAGGAUGUGUGGGACAUGAGAUGGGCUGAGGACAACCCAGAGUUGUUCGCCAUGACAGAGAAAACACGAAUGUAUAUAUUUAGAAACUUGGACCCAGAGGAGCCCAUUUUGAGCAGUGGUUAUAUUUGCCAGUUCAAUGACCUGCAGAUUAAGUCGGUUUUAUUGGACGAGAUCAUGAAGGACCCAGAAAAUCCUACAAAAGACAACAUGGCUGAAAUGGAAAUUAAGUCUCUAAGAGAUACACGAGAUUUGCUGGAGAAAGUUGGGAUCAACGAUGCCCAGCAGUUUAUUGAGGACAACCCUCACCCCAGGCUCUGGCGAUUAUUAGCAGAGUCAGCCUUAGAACAGCUGAAUCUCAAGGUGGCUGAACAAGCUUUUGUGAGGUGCAAAGAUUACCAAGGAAUUGAAUUUGUUAAAAGGCUUGGAAACUUACAGAAUGAAAACAUGAAAAAAGCAGAAGUAUGUGCUUACUUCAGAAGAUUUGAGGAGGCAGAGAGAAAGUAUCUGGACAUGGACAGAAGAGACUUAGCUGUGAGUUUGAGGAAGAAGCUAGGGGACUGGUUUCGAGUGGUGCAGCUUCUGAAGACGGGAUCUGGAGGGGACGACGUCCAGCUGGAGGAGGCCUGGAAUGCUAUAGGAGAUUACUAUGCUGACCGACAAAAAUGGCAGCAGGCGGUGACGUACUAUGUACAAGGGAGGAACCAGGAGAGAUUAGCUGAGUGCUACUACACGCUGGAGGAUUAUGGAGGCCUGGAAAAAAUGGUGCAAGCCCUGCCAGAGAACCACAAGCUACUGCCGGAUAUAGCAGAAAUGUUUGUCACUGUGGGGAUGUGUGAACAAGCUGUGGCAGCCUUCACAAGGUGUAACCAUAUUAAGAAGGCUAUAGACAGCUGUGUAGAUCUGAACCAGUGGAACACAGCCAUCGAGUUGGCUAAGACUCAUAAUGUCCGUGAAAUAGACUCGCUGUUAGCCAAGUAUGCUUCACAUCUCUUGGAGAAAAACAAAAUAGUCAGUGCCAUAGAGCUGUAUCGGAAAGCAGGGCACUUCCUGAAUGCUGCAAAGCUACUGUUCAAGUUGGCCAAUGAGCAAGUCAAGAAGAAAGCCAGACCUGUACUGAUAAAGAAAAUGUAUGUCCUUGGUGGCCUUUUAAUUGAACAAUAUCAUGAACAGAUGAAGAUGACCUCUAGGUCAAAGGUCAAGGAUAAAAGAAUGGCUGCCUCAGCUCUCGCUGGCUUCCUGGAGGAAGAUGCCACUGCGAUUAGUGACAGCAAAUUAUUGGACAAUGCAUGGAGAGGAGCAGAGGCCUAUCACUUCUAUCUGCUGGCUCAGAGACAAUUAAACGAAGGUUAUGUGGAGGCUUCAAUGAGAACCUGUUUAUUCCUGAGAGACUAUGAAGACAUUAUAGACCCCUGUGAUAUCUAUUCUUUGUUAGCAUUGGCAGCCUCUGCCUGUAGAGCUUUUGGAACAUGCUCUAAAGCAUUCAUUAAACUGGAGACCCUGGAAACUCUGACCCCAGAACAGAGGUUAUCUUAUGAAGAGUUGGCACUGGAGAUAUUUACAAAACAUGGGCCACGAGACAGUCGCAAUAACAAAGUGGAGUGUUCCAGCUGUGCCACAAGCAUUCCCGAUACAUCCUUCUCCUGUCCAAACUGCGACACGAAAUUCCCGACCUGUAUCGUGACUGGUCGUCCCCUGAUGGAGUACCAGUUCUGGAUGUGUAGUGCAUGUAAACAUCGAGCCUUCGAGUCGGAAAUAUCUCACCGGCAGACGUGUCCUCUGUGCCACACACCAGUGUAGACGACCUCACCCCUAACAAGCCUUCUCUGUCACAUACCUGUAUGAACUGACCUCUUGUCUACAUGGACAAUUCUAUAGAUGUUAUUAAUUGAGUACUGACUAUUCAGUGUGAUCUGUCUGAUUUCCGUCCAGAUUGUGACCAUCUUUACAUGUUAAUGAGUAAAUGAGCUAUUUAUUUCCCGUCUCUCUUCUUAUGGAUUUCAAUUCCAUUUAAAAAAUGUAGUUUGAAUGGGACAGACAAGUGAAAUAUAGCAUUAACUGUCA